GUUGGGGCGCUCCCCUGCGGCCGCGGGGCCGCCCUCGCUGUGAGGAGCCGGGGACGGGCCCCGGGAGGUGCCGCGUUGUGGGUCUGAGGCAGGAUGGAAAGGGAAGGGGCGCGGUGUUCCGCUGGAGGGAGAGGCAAAGCCGGCGUCGUCUGCGAAAAACACGCGGUGAGAUCCCGGCUGUCGGCCCGCUUUGUCCAGCCGGCGUGCAGCCACCCGUACUGCGCGUUCCCUCUGAAUAAAAGGGAGCUGUGCGUCUGGAGUCCGGCUGGCCAGACAUUACGUUUGUUAGGACAUCAGCACUCAGUUUCCGCGCUGUCAUUUGGAAAUAAAACCGAGCCCCUUCUUGUCUGCUCUGCUUCCCGUGAGCGCGUGAUCGUGUGGAAUCUGGCUGAAUGUGCGCAGAAAGAGCAAGAAGGGAUAACACCUCAAGGAAUUAUUAUUGGAACUCUUUUGGGAAUAGUGCUUCAUGUAAGGUUUAGUCCAGAUGAUCAACAAGUGGCAGUAUGUGCUGAAAAUCGGAUCUAUGUGUUAAGUGCAAAGAAUGAAGCUAUACUAGCUGAACUGAAUGGUCACCUGGCUCCAGUUACUGCUGCUGAGUUUUGCACAUGGCGGAGAAAUGUGCUUAUAUCAGUGUCUGAAGACAGAAGCUUUAAGGUAUGGGACUAUUCUACUGGCCUGUUAAUAUAUCAGUCAGGAGUAUUAACAGCAGCAUUUCCUUUGCUAAGUCUAAUAAUAGAUGAAGAAAAUAAACAGAUUAUCACUGGAUGUGGUGACGGACAGCUCCGGAUCUUCAGUUUAAUCACUGAUCAUAAUUACCAUUGUAUGGCACGUAUUGACUUAAAGAAAGAGCAAGAGAAAUUCUGUAAUAAAAUCUGGAAAUCUGGCAAAGAAUCAGUCCCUAACGUGAGACCAGAAGGGCCAGUGGAAACAUCAUUGUCUAUCCUCCUAAUUGAACACUGUGAUUAUUCAGAAUGUUUCUGUAAUGAAGAAAACAUACCUUACACCCUGAAUACUAGCUAUUUUUGGAUAGGAACCUCUACUGGAUUGUUAAUUAUUAAUUUGACAACCUUUGAAUUGGAAGCUUUUUUAUGUUACAGAGAUUACAGUGGCCUAAGCAUUCAGUUUGCUGCAUCGUGUGCAUUAACUAAGAAGACAGUUAAUGGAAAGGUUUUAUGCUUGAUCACCUCGAUGUUUGAAGAUGUGAUUGCUGUGUUGGAGGUUAACCUUCCUGCAUUGGUGAGAUCUCAGCAGAGUGGUAUUUUCAUAAGAGCAAGUGAGAAGAGUCUAUCAGUCAUUGCCCGGUGUUCUUUGUUGCCAGAAUCUCCAUUGUGUAAAGGUUUAAAUAAAAACAAAAAGGAACCUUCUAGGAAAACACUUGGAGUGAAAAGCACUGUGAAAGAUCAGCCAUUGGUUUUCCAUUAUAAAAUUAAGUCAUCAGGUUAUACAGCAGCACCACGAAUGACCAAGUUUUCUCCAAAUACUAACCUGAAGAAAAGUUAUAUAUCAAAGCGGAAGACCAGUGUUGAACGUACACGUAAAGAAUAUCCAUUGGAAAGUUCUCCUCCAAUCAACUGUGAGAGAGAGAGAUCUGUUACUUGUAAACCAACCCCAAUUUCUUGCAUUCAGUAUUCCGGGGAUGGAGAGCAGCUGGCUUGCGGGCUGGUUGACAAGACUAUACUGAUAUUCAAUGCCAAUCUCACCGAUACGUGUAAUGUUUUUUCAGGUCAUGAUGGUGCAGUUAACUCUGUUGGUUGGAGUCAUGACAAGAAGCGGUUAGUUUCUGCAUCAGAAGACAGAACCGUAAGGGUCUGGUCAGUCUGCAAGAAUGAACCUGCCCUAAUUCUGGGCAAAGGUAUGUUUCAUAAGGCUAUACGCUUCGUGCAGUUUUAUUUUAUGGAUGCAUUUAUACUGCUGUGUUGUGGAGCUGAAUUUCAUCUAUUAAGUUUCCAUGUAGACACAACCAAGGAUGACUUAAAACAAUACAAACAGAGAAUUUUUUAAAAAUUGAUCCAGAAAUUUCCCAUGGCUUCAACAAUGGAGAUUACCAGCCUUUCAGCAGUAAAUGAUUUCUACUCUUAUAUUGUGCUUACAGCUGGCAGCAACCGAGCAUUGGAAGUUUUUGACCUCAAUGAAGGCCGAAGCAAAGCAGUGAUUCCAGAAGUUCAUACUAGAUCAGUCCAUCAGAUCUGCCAAAACAAGGGGUCAGCAUUCAGCACUCAGCAACCUGAAGCUUACAAUCUUUUUGUGACCACGGCUGUAGGUGAUGGCAUCAAGCUCUGGGAUUUACGAACUCUCAGGUGUGAACGCCGCUUUGAAGGGCACAGUAGCCGCUGCUACCCAUGUGGAAUUGCAGUACCUCCUUGUGGGCGGUUUAUAGCCAGUGGAUCAGAGGACAAGUGUGCUUACAUAUACGAGAUGCAUUCAAGUACCUUUUUACAUAAACUGGGGGGACACAGAGAAUGUGUCGUCAAUGUGGGUUUCAGUCCCACAUCUCCACAGCUCACCACAGCCACCUUGGGUGGCAAACUCCAAUUGUUUCUGCCCUGAGAUUUGCCAGCAUAUGGAGCUUUGGACCUGUUACUCCGAGAAUAACGACGUGCUGAGAGAAAGGCAACCAGUAGCUGGCCAUAGGCAAGCAGCAUAAUAUUCCCUUUUAAUGUACAGAUUUCUUCUGAUUUUCUUUUCUGCAAAUUCCUCAAACUAUUCUCAAAGUUUUUCUAUUGUACGAUCUGAUGCCUUUAUUGCAAAAAUAAGGGCAAAAGAUCAAGAAAUAAGACUACUCAUUCUGACUUCAUUCCAGGAAAUCACCAGAGAAGUGGCUUUCAGAGGACACUUUGAGUGUUUAUAGUUGGGUGUAAGCUGUAGAGCUUUUCUAGCCUGUGACCACUUUGCUCUAGAUUGCAGUUAAAAUAACAACUCUGCCAGUUUUAAAGCUACCUCUGCCUUUGCCCUAAUAUUUAAGUUAAUCUGAGAGGGAGAAGAAUUGUCUUUCUCAAGUGCCAUGAGAGUCUUUCUAUUAUACAGCUUUGGGGUUACUGGAAUCAGCAUGAAUGUUGUUUGAAGGCAGAAUUUUACUGUUUUACCCUUUACCUACAUUCUGUAAAUUUUGUAGGCAAUAUGUGAUAAAGGUCUUAUUAAAAAAUUAUGGUCUUGCUGCAGUCUGAUAUUAUUCAACGACCUUUAAAUGUAAGUAAACU